ACAGACCUUCAGAAGAUUUCAAACUAACACAGGUGGCUGUUAACAGUUCUUAAGGGCUAGCACAUCUAGAAGCCUGACAUACAUACAGUAUGAGGCAAAGGCACAGCUGUAUUAGUGUUAUCUGAGCGUGAUUCUUUUGAAAAGGAGUGCUUGGACUCCUCGUGGUUCAGGCCGGUCUAACUGGAGCUCCUCAGGUUCUGGGAUCUGACUGCAGCUCUUGGACUCUGCCACAAAUAUGCCUUCCCAUUCUCUGAGACCAGACCUGUUCCAACCUGGAUGGAUUUGAGAGUUAGGAGGCUGCAGAAGAAAUCAUCUCCACCAAAGUUGGAUGUCUUGCUUUAAGACUUGGUUUAGAAGUUCCAUUGACUUGCAUAAGGUUGCAACUGCAUCUGCCAAACUGGAAAAAUGUCCAUCGGCUGGCAUGGUAGUGCCACGCUACUGAAAGUGUUGUGUGUGGUGCUGUUCCUGAGGGUCGCCGGCAGUGCUGGACAGAGCUAUGAGCGCUGGGAGGCUGGUUCCUCGUGCUAUGGAGGGUUUGACCUGUACUUUGUGCUGGACAAGUCUGGAAGUGUACAACACCACUGGAAUGAGAUCUACUACUUUGUCGAUCACCUCGCACACAAGUUCAUCAGCCCCCAACUCCGCAUGUCUUUCAUAGUGUUUUCAACGGAGGGGAGGAUCCUAAUGAAACUGACGGAAGACAGGGACCAGAUCCAUGCUGGGCUGGAGGAACUUCGGCGAGUGCUACCAGGUGGAGACACCUUUAUGCAUAAAGGUUUUCAGAGGGCAAGUGAGCAGAUCUACUAUGGAACAGGAGAUGGAUACCGCACAGCAAGUGUCAUCAUCGCUCUGACAGAUGGAGAAUUGCGUGAGAAUGAAUUUGACUUGGCAGCCAGAGAGGCUGGCCGCUCACGUCAGCUGGGAGCUUCAGUCUACUGUGUAGGAGUGAAGGACUUCAAUGAAACCCAGUUGGCGACAAUAGCCGACAGUAAAGACCAUGUCUUUCCGGUGAAUGAUGGCUUCGAAGCGCUACAAGGAGUCAUUGAUUCGAUUCUGAAGAGAUCCUGUAUAGAGAUCCUCGCGGUGGAGCCCUCAAGCAUUUGUGCAGGAGAAUCCUUUGAAGUGGUGGUUAGAGGGAACGGAUUCCUUCACGCUCGUGACGUGAACAGAAUCCUCUGCAGCUUCCGCAUCAACAACACCCUCACCGUGAUGAAGAGGCCACUGGUCGUUGAGGACACCUACCUGCUCUGCCCAGCUCCUGUACUGCAGGAGGAGGGAACGUCUGCCUCUCUCCAUGUCAGUAUGAACAACGGCCUGAGUUUUAUCUCCAGUUCUGUGACCAUCACGACUGUCAGCUGUGUGAGUACAGUAACCCUGAAGGGCAGCAGUGCCAAGCCCACUACCACUGUUACACUGGGCAGAGCCACUCCCAGUACCACUACACUGGGCAGUACCUCUAGUUCAGCACCAUCUUCAGUCUGCCCUCUGAACACAACUGACGGAACAUUCUUGGCCAUCGCGCUGCUGAUCCUGCUGCUGCUGAUCGCCAUGGCGAUUCUCUGGUGGUUUUGGCCCCUCUGUUGCACUGUGAUCGUCCAUGAGCCGCCACCACCACCAGUGAUGGAAGACAGUUCGGAUGAAGAAGAUGGCUACCCAAAGAAGAAGUGGCCGACAGUGGACGCCUCGUAUUACGGUGGGAGAGGAGUUGGCGGCAUUAAAAGGAUGGAGGUGCGCUGGGGAGAUAAGGGGUCCACUGAGGAAGGAGCCAAACUAGAGAAGGCGAAGAAUGCUCGGGUGAAGAUGCCAGAGCAAGAGUUUGAGUUUCCGCCCACAUGGACCCUAAACAACGGCAUGAGGAAGCCCAUCUCGCCUCAGAAGUGGUACUCACCAAUCAAGGGUAAAUUGGAUGCCCUGUGGGUGUGGAUAAGGAGAGGAUAUGACCGUGUAUCCGUGAUGAGGCCUCAACCUGGAGAAAAGGGUCGCUGUAUGAAAUUCGCUCGUGUGAAAUCCUGUCCGCCCCCUCGAUACCCGCUCUACAACAACCCUUCAAGCCACAUCUACAGCCUCCCCCAUAGCAGAUGCCCCCCUGUACCUCAAGGCACAUUGCCGCCCACCCCGAACUGCUCCCCCCACUCCCCAACCUCCACCCUGCCUCCUUUACCAUCAACCCCGCCUCCAGACUCCAUUACCCCUCCACCUUACACCCCACCUCCAACCAGGGCUCUGCCUCCAACCUGUCUGAGCAUCAGUGUGACUCUACCUGCUACACUGCCCACACCCCCACCACCAACAUCACCCAGCACCUUGCAUCCACCCCCUCAUGCUGCUCCACCCGGGCGAGCCCCACCCCCAUCUCGCCCGCCACCACGCCCAGGCCUUGAAGUUCCUGAUUUUGUCUAAAGAGGAAUCACAGUCGUUCAGCCAGGAAUUAGAAGAUAUGAACUUCUCUGCAGCAAGAAGGAUUCAGACCUGAUUUGAUAAACAAAAAUUGCACAAAAACUGUUAUGCUGGGGCACAAACAAAAAUUAAGAGGGCUAAAAUGUAUUUAGUCAUUUGGAAUGUUCAGAAAUUUGUAUACUUUAAAUUGCCUGAUCCAACUUGUGUGUGACAAAGGAUGAAGCAAGCAUUAUACCCCACUUUUUGUGAGAUAAUCAUUUUUAAUUAAAAUUACACACUAGCGAACAUAAUGACUGUUUUCAAACAGGUUUCCCAAACACUCCUGUUUUGAUUGAGCCAAUGUUGCUGUGUUUAGCUCGUCGUGAUACUCGAACAAGCAAUAUUUUGAGAGCACAAGUGUUUAGCGGUAAGCUUUAAUCUUACUAUUAACCAACUUGGCGAAUGUUGUCACAUAAUUAAUAUUCAUUAGCAAAGCUGAUACGUUUUGUAUUGUGUACCACCACUUUUUGAUAUUUCGCCCCACUGUGUACAAAUGUACAAAAAGCUUUGACAAAUCCGGUUCUGUGUAACUGAUACUACACUAGCUAUGCAUUUUCCAGCCAUUAUUAAGAAGCAGCAUUUUUAUUAUUAAUAACGACAAUAGCUGCUUCUGGGAAUUAACAUAUGGCAGUGUGGUACAUUAUCAUGCAUUAAAAGAUAGCCAUAUGCUAAUGCCUACUGGCAUCUUGAAUGUCUAUAAAUGUAAUGUAAUGUCUGUAUGUACUGGGAUCUAAGAAGGAUUCUGUAAAUAGCCAGCAUUGUGUCUUAAUAAAAUGCAUAAUUUUUUUAGGUUUGCGGAUACAUUUGAAGCCGCAUUUAAAGAGAAGCAGUAGUAAACAGAUCCUAUUUUACUUGAGAGAUAAGGGUCAGUUUUUAACGCACGCUUUUUAGCCAUUUGAACAGGUCAGGAUAACAUCUGAGUGAAAAAACAUUCAGUUGACUGCCAGAAUGUAAUGUUCAGAAUAAGGGAACAUUCAGAAUUGCAAAGAUACAAUUGCAAAGGAAACUGUAUUUACCUGAAAAAUUAAUGCAGUCUUUUUGCACACAUUUAAAUAGUUAUCUUCCAAAACCCUGUGAGUGCUCAUACUGGCUACAUAGGCAGUUGCCUUCAAAGGCAUUGUGAUGAGCAUAAAUUCUGCAUGCCACACAAAUAGUGCCUUUUUACUGAUAUAUGAAAGUCAAAUACUCAUAAAAAUACAUAGUAUAAAUUAAUAUUGGGUAAAAAAAAGCAAUUAAACCAAUUCAAUUUAUUUUUUCAUCUAAGACUUUUGCGAUGCGUUUCGGCAUCCUCUACUCUGCGAAGGAUAAAUGAAAUGCUGCCUUGAAAUUUGGCCAAAACAAAGUAUCUCACCCAGGGCUGUAGCAAGGAAUUCUGGGCCCCCUGACCGUCUAUUGCUCUGGGCCCCUUUUGUUGUGUGGCCCCUCUGGACCUGUGGGCUCCUAGAAUUUUUCCACCUUUCACCCCAUUAGCUACGGCCCUGACCUCACCGUACGUUUUCACUGGUGCGGAAAAACUCUGCUCAAAGCCACUCUCAACGCUAGGGAGCUGCUGCUUUGGGGUAUGUUACAGCGAAUGUGGGCUGUCUUCGCAAUCGCAUACUUCCCAUACUACUUUUACUGCUUCUGCCAGAUCAGUCUGUGGCAGAAAUAGUAAGAGCAGUAUAUAGUAUGCCAUUUCACACUCAGCCCAUGACUGUUUUCAGUUCACGGUCAAUAUAAUCCUCAUAAAAUGCGUGAUUACAGUCAGAAAGAUGCAAACUUUAUUUCCAAAUGCCCAACGUAUAAAAACUGUGUUGAUUUAUUGUGCUUUUUCAUCCAGCCACAGUAUUGUAACAAUGAAUGUGUGCAAUCAUCAUUUGAAGUCCGUUUGUGAUUAAAGCACUGAAUUCAGCAGAAACUGCAGCAUUUUCUUCAUAUGUUGAAGUGCUUAUGACUGAUGUCACUGCUUUCAUCUCACAGUGAUUGGCUCCCACCCAGACUUUUUCAUUCCUCAUUUGCAUAAAGCAAAGGAAUUUCAACACUUUUGACACUCUCGACCACCCUCAACGCUUUCUCCGCACCGCUGUCAAUCCCACAAUCCACCUUGAGAGUGUAGCGCUUAACUUCCAUAGGAAUGCAUUGAAGAUGCUUGCUGCCCACUGUUUGCAACAGCCAUUGUUUCAGAAGCAUACAUAUGAUCCCUUGAAAUACUGUCUAUGUAGGCAAACACAGAUUUGUAACAACAUAUUUCACACCUGGGGCCCUAUUUUAAGUCAGUGGGCAUGACCAUGAAGUUUUGGUGUUAUUGUGCAAGCAUGCUAAGUCUAGGCGCAAAUGGGUUUGGUGAAAUUACGUGCACAAUGCGCUAAUGGGCUGGGUCAAGUGCAAUUUGAUUCUGAGGUUCUUCUCCGGUUAUUCCACCGUCUGCGCCCUAUUAUAUAGUCCAUUCCCUCAUGCAACAGCGAUAUAAACAAAGACAACACAUUUAUAAGAAGUUGGUAGUGUAAAUGGACUCUAUGCAAUUAAUUAGAAGAAUAGGAAUAUGGAAUUUUGUGCAUUAACUGUGUCCUUGUUGAAUGUCAGGCAUUUUUCUUUGACAGUGACACGCUCCUUUUAUACGCAUGGAAAAUAUGGUUCUCGUCAGGAAUUGUAGGCUCCAUAAAAUGUUAUUAAAUUAUUAUUUGUAUUUUUAUUUUUUCAAUUUUGGCAUGCCCAAUUCCCAAUGCUCUCUAGGUCCUCAUGGUGGUGUAGUGACUUGCCUCAAUCCGGGUGGCAGAGGAUGAAUCUCAGUUGCCUCCUCAUCUGAGACAGUCAAUCUGCGCAUCUUAUCACGUGGUUUGUUGAGCGCUUUACCGCAGAGACCUAGCGCGUGUGGAGGCUUCACUCUAUUCUCCGUGGCAUCCACACACAACUCACCACGUGCCCCACCGAGAGUGAGAACCACAUUAUAGCGACCACGAGGAGGUUAACCCAACGUGACUUUACCCACCCUAGCAACCGGGCCAAUUGGUUGCUUAGGAAGCCUGACUGAAUUCACUCAGCACACACUGGAUUCGAACUUGUGACUCCAUGUGUGGUAGUCAUCGUUUUUACUUGCUGAGCUACCCAGGCCCCCGAUUUUGAUUUUUAACAUUUUUAUUAAUUUUUUUUAAACACGAAAAAAUUCUUUUCAGAGUUUGGACAUGAACUUUAUUACUAUCUGCUGGUGGAAUCUCCAAACUGCAAAUGCAGGAACUGACUUUAGACGUUGCGCUGAGAUAAGACCUGCUUUUUAAAUGUCUUAGCUCAAUGACCUAUUUCUCAGUAAAAUGGCAAAUUGCGCUUUGCGCCACUUCACAAACAUAGAAUACAACCACAGUUUGCGUGCAUACACCCAAAGAUAGCGCAAACACUCCCUCCCAUGCCCACUGGCACGAAAAUUGCGCUCAGAUUUAGUGCUCUCACAAUCGUUUGAAAAAGAAUGCAGACCUUAUCUGUACGUAUGGAUGCUUUCUAAAACAGCUGAACUAAAAAUAAUGUAUAAUUACAGAUCAAUAACAGAGUAAAACUUCAUAAAUUUAUAAUUUUGUAUUUAAAUGUUUGUUUGUUUUUCUUAGCGAUGUGCUUAAAGGUAUGGCAGUGCUACGAUUUUGGCAGUUUGAACAAUUAUAUGUUUCAAGAACUUUUUGUAUUUUUGUGCUUAAGCUUUCAACAGUUUCAUUUGUUAAAGAUGUUCAAUGUGUGUCUGGCUUUUCUUUUAACGAAGAGCAUGUUUUUA